CAAAGCCAAGAAGACUCGUCAAAAAUGAUUCUAGUUCUCAACAAAGAUGUCCGCGGCCAACUAGAAACUCAUGCUCAAUUAUCCUCUGUACCUGUAGCGACCGUAACUACAACGACGUUUUUUUCAUCGGUAGGUUUCAACUUGUUUCUCAGAACCGAAAAACAGCAUAAAAAACGACCCUUAAAACAUGAGCGGCCACAUCGUACGCGCACAGCAUUCGAAGGAGUCCUCGCACAGCGCCCGUGAGGAGCGCCGCCGGCAGCUGGAGUUGGUGCGGCAGGCGAAGGUAUCAAAUGUAAAAAUGUCUGGGUCUGGAAGAUUGCCAGGUUUGUCAUGCACGUUUUGCAUGACUCCUGAUGUCUGUGAUGCAUGCCCUAGCAUCACAGAUUUUGUGAGGGCCUCCUGAUGCCUAUACCGCAUGACAAAUGCUCUUUCCGUGUAGCAAAACUUGGACUCUCUUUGCUGCUCAUGCAAUACAGAUUUUUUUACAAUCCUAAAUCAGCAUGACAAGUUGGAUUCUUCCAGACCCAGACACUUUUACAGUUGAUACAAGGGCAUUUUGGAAGCCAGGGAGAACGAAUUGAUGUUAUCUUCGUCUGAAGACAGUUCCGUAUCCUGUGCAAAAGUCUCGUACUCGUAGUAAUCCUAAUCGCAGUCAUGCAUUACAAAUUUCUUGCUCAAGUGAAAUCCGCAUUACAAAUUUUAUUUCUCAUGCCGAGGAAAUUUGUCAUGCGAUUUAUACUAGUACGAUGCUUUUGCAUUUCAUAUUCCGGUGGAAACAACAAAAAUAUUAAAACAAAUAGCAGCAGCAGGAACAGGAACAAAGAGCCGCCCACAUCCAAAUCCAAGUCCCCGAAAGCACGCCCAGCCGCGCCGCCCGACACCUGGGGCCCGGUGCGCAGUCGCGUUUCGGGCAGGAUGGGGAGCAAGGAGCGGGUCGGUCUGCGGGAUCGUGAUCGAGGACCACGUGAUGCAGGUCCGCCAACUGCUUUGACGUCGCGGGGUGCAGCUGCCGGAAGACGGCGAUCGCGCUCGCGGUCCAGGGGCGACCGGAAUGUUGACACGAGACGGAGUAGAAACUACCUUUCGACGCGGCCUGCAGAGGUUCCUAGAAGAGGAGGUCCAGCACGUGGUCCACCUGAGCGGACGACCAGGACCAGCCGCGAGCGGGGGAGAAAUAAAGACUCCGGUCGCGGAGCUGCUCCACCGCCGGCGAAGAAUGCCCCGCGGAGGUCGAGGUCCCGGUCGAAGAGAGGGCGGGAUGGCCAAAAUGGCCAAGAUGACCGUCGUGAUGAACCACGACGCGCAGCAGGUGGAACGGAAAAAAGAGACCCGGCCAAAAAGAAAGACCUACCGGAGAUAGAAAGACCGGGUACAACAACGACCGUCGACGGACGGAGGAAGGGAGGGAGAAAGAGGAGCUCCAGUUCCGAGCAACGGGCAGUGAAUAAAGUUAAAGACUCCCGGAAGCAGGACGAGAAUAAAGUUGUGAGGAACCGUGGUAAAGGUGAACAAGAGCCACCGCUCUCUCCUCCUCGCCGACCAGAUACAACAACACGAGCUGGCGACCACCUAUCCUUUGCAAAAGUACCGUACAACUCGUAUAAAUGCAAGUCUUGCAUUACAAAUAUUUUUCUUAAAGUAAAUCAGCAUGACAAAUUUCAUUUCUACUCAUGCUGAGAAAAUUUGAAUUUCUAAUGCUUUUCAACGAGUACGAUACUUUUGCAGUUCAUACCACCGGGACGAGCAGCGCAAAACCCAGAAGGAAGCUACCCGACGACAAGUCGUGUCGUCUCGCGAUCGGGCACAACAAACUCGAGGCAAACAAGACAGCAAGCGGGAUAUAAUUACUGGGCGAAAUAAGCCUGAUGGUGUGCAACGGGACGAACGCGCCAGGACGGAAAAAGAUAGAGGCAAGGAGAAGGGCACAAUCGAAAGAGCAAGUGGGCGAGUAGAUCACGGAGCAGAAGAUGUUGUCAGGCGUGCUGCCCGGUCCCGUAGUCCCAUUUCCCGUCGUGAUGUUGCAAAAGGGAAAGACACCAGAGCAUCUCAGCGUCGACGUGCAGAUGAUGAAAACAACAACAACAAGGCUCGUGUUGACAACAAGACAGCCACGACUGAAAAUGAAAAUCGAGAUCCACCGCAGCGAAAUAGAAGAAGCCCAGUGAAACCAUCACCAGAGGAGGAACAACUUGACAACAAGAAAAACUAUGAAUUGCAAAAGUAUCGUACUCGUAUACAUGCAUUACAAAUUUCCUCAGCAUGAGAAAUAAAAUUUGUAAAUGCUGAUUUACUCUAAGAAAAAGAUUUGUGAUGCAUGACUGCAAUUACUACGAGUACGAUACUUUUGCGCAGGAUAAAAACAAAACCACUACGACCGGGAGCCGUCGCAUGGACGACAAGAUCGCUGCGAAAAUUGCGAUAUGCAUUGCAAAAGUAUCGUACUCGUAGUUGUAAUUGCAGUCAUGCAUCAUGACAAAUCUGGUUCCUUAGCUCAUUCAGAAUAGCAAAUUCCAUUUUGCCUUCUGGCAAAAUUUGUAAUGCUAUCUCUACUAGUACGAUAGUUUUGCAAUGCAAAUGCGACCAAGAAGCAGCAAGAGAGCAGCUCUUCCUCAGAUGAAUCGUCGUCGUCGGACUCGGAGGAUAAUUCCUCAUAUCCACAGAAAAAAAACCAUCCACAUCAAAUUUGUCAUGCCAAACACGCAUAAAGUCCACUAUUUGUCAUGCAAAAAAUGGAUGGGGGUGCGAUGGAUGUUUUUUCGUGGAUUCCCUAAGCUCCUCCUCUCCAAGCGCACGGAGGACCAAGCAGAAGAAAGAACCAGCUAGCGUAGACGAGCAGAACGGGAACAAGAAGGAUGCCAAGAUGAGGGCCGCUGACGGGUCAGCGAGGAACAACAACAGUAGAAACAACAGGGAACAACGGCAAGUUGCUGGUGCAAAGACGACUGUCCGGCGCGAGAAUUUAUCCGAAAAUAAGCCAAGACCGAGAAAAGACGAAACGCGAGAGGACGAAAACAAUGCUCUUUACAGCCGAGGACGUCGUGGUCGACGUUCCAGCAGCCGUGACCGCAAGAACACAAGAAAUAAAGUUCUUGCGCCGACGUCCUCUCUGCAAAUCAAGGCGAAUCAUGAUGAUCCACCGCGCGAGGAGGUGGGUGACGCACCACGUCAAAACGACACCGUUCUUAACCAGCAGAAUAUCAAGAAGGCCGACCUUCGACGUCCACGCCGAAGUAGGAAUCAGUCACGCUCCCGCAGCCGCGAGCGACAAAGCGACAAGGUUGAUGUUGUGCUAGCGAAAAGGACAACAACUGCUGGAGCUACGAUUAGCCUGAAACCAGCUGCAGCUGCGGGAAAAGACGAGGUCGUCCAUCAGCAGCGCCGGAGAAUUUCGAAUUCUAGGGCUCGGAGGAGCGUGGAUUGGCGUUUCGCGGAGGAGGAUCAUGCUAGUAACAGGAUAGUUGUAGCAGGGGACGACGAUCGCAGGAACUACAACCGCAGAACAAGUGACAGGGAAGUAGAGCGUGCAGGACUCCAACAUGUCGAAUUGAAAAGACCUGGCUCCACUACCGGAGCCGUUGAUCUUCGAAAGAAGAAUCCAACAACACAACUGAUUUCAAAACGGGAGGAACUACAACUACGUCGAGAUGAUGGUCACGAGUCUGUGAUCGUGCUCCGCUCGAAAAAAAGUGCGGAAAGGGACCCCAUCUCCACGAAAAAAAAUGCAGGAAAGUUAGUUCCUGCAAGCAGUGCGAGUGCGGCUGUGGUCCUCCUCCCCCGGAGUAAAUCCAAUCCCCCGCCAAGCCCGAGCUUGUUCAAUAGUCGUGGUGAUUUUGAUCCCCCGUCAAGGACACCAGCAGCUAAGAUAAAGAAGCCGAAGCUGGUUGCGCGGAAAGAUGUUGCUGCGGUGCGGGAGAAUGAAACUGAGAGCAGAAACAAACCAUCGCUGAUUCUAAAGCAAUGGUCGAAGGACUCGCGCGACUGGGAAGAAAAUGAGUGGCAGAAGCCGGAUAGCCCUCGAGGUGGCCCACGGCAGAAGCCUGACCACAGUCUUGAUGCUGUUCCACCACCCGGAGAGCAGCUUUUUUCUGUGAAAAUUAGCAAUAUCACGCAGCAUGUCACCGACUUCGGGAUCGAGCGGGUGUUUUCCCAGUUUGGGAAGGUCAGAGACGUUUACAUCCCGAAGGUUUUCAAAACGGGCCGGAACAAAUCCUUCGCGUUUGUCCGCUUUGCAAAGAAGAAAGAGGCGGAGAAAGCGGUGCGACAAACCGGGACCGUGGUGUUGGACAAUGUGAAAGUGGAUCUCUGUGUCGCGAAAUUCGGCAGGCAGGAUGGGACGGUGAACGAUGUAGUUCCAGGCGAAGAGUACGACUAUGGUGCAGGAGCUCCCCCAGAAUCCUGGCAGCAGCAGGAAGGGUAUUGGGAGGACGAGGAUUGGGACGAUGAUGAAAUGGAGUACUCCCAGAUACUUAAUUAGCGGCCCUUUCAUAAGUCCGGACAUUUCACUCCUUGCCACAUACCAAAGAUUUUAAAUAUAUAAAUCGGAACGUGUCCAGGAGCUGCGUCUGCAGCUACUCGCUCUUGUGCAGCAGGCGCGCUUCCUUUAGUUCCGUACAACAAAAGAAGCAAGAGGCUUGUUCACAAGGAGCCUACGCUUUAUCAGUGGCGUAGGCUUCUGAAGCAGCUUGCACAGGGAAAUAACGCGACAGAAGAAGUAGAAACAGCCAGCCAAAAAAAGCUCUCGACAGCUUGGAAACUUUAGUCCCCGUCGGCUGCCACCCAAUGCAGUGCGCCGGGCGGCUUUGGUGUUUGUGUUUCCGUAUAAUAAACCACGCAAGUGUGUUGCGCAUUUGCGACGCCUGUUCCUUUGUCUAUCGGCGCCGCAUCUGCAACACCUUGCACAGUGUAGGCAUCAGGAAUACACAAACACGCCAAAACAAGAAGACUGAUAGUCCGCACAUUUCUACAGGCUGUUACUGUGUAGGCGCGCGCAGUGUAGUAAGUAAGCGGGCAGCUCUCGUUCUGGACCUGGAUGCGCCACGCUGCGCUGUACUGACUCACUACUCAGGUGAGCGCUUCGGAGUGUUACGCGGGGACCGCUGCUCUGCGGGGGGACUGCUGGAUGGAAGCCUAGGAGAAAAAUUUGCGCGGGGAGUAUUGGGGCAUGAAUUUCGAGUAAGCAGCCCUCUGAAACGCACCAAAGCAGUGCGCGCGUACCUAAACGUAGAAAAUAGGUGGACAAGCAGCGUAGAUAGGUUGCAAUGCUCGGGGGCUCGCUGGAUAUAUUGGCACUGUAGGCAAAAUAAAAAAAGCCCGGGUAGGAAAAAUGCAUUUUGCGUUUUUUCCUACCCGGGGUUUUUAUUUUCAAAACCCCGGGUAGGAAAUAUUUAUCCGCUGCUCUGCACGUCUGUGAGGGUGAUAACAGCUGAUAAAUAUUUCCUACCCGGGGUUUUGAAAAUAAAAACCCCGGGUAGAAAAAGUUCAAAACUCAUAUUUCCUACCCGGGCUUUUUAUUUUCAAAACCUCGUAUAGCCCCUCCGAAAUCUGGGCGGCGCGGCAGCGCCGCGAAAAUUUUUUUUUUGGAUCGUGGAGAGCUACGUGAGGUUUUGAAAACCAAAACCUCGUAUAGCCCCCUCGAAAUUUGGGCGGCGCGGCAGCGCCGCGAAGAUUUUUUUUUUUGUUCGCGGAGGGCUAUGUAAGGUUUUGAAAACCAAAACCUCGUAUUGCCUCCUCGAAAUUUGGGCGGCGCGGCAGCGCCGCGAAGAAUUUUUUUUUGGUUCGCGCAUAGCUAUGUGAGGUUUUGAAAAUCAAAACCUCGUAUAGCCCCCUCGAAAUUUGGGCGGCGUAGCAGCGCCACGAAAAGUAUAUUUCCUACCCGGGCUUUUUAUUUUCAAAACCUCGCAUAGCCCCUUCAAAAUCUGGGCGGCGCGGCAGCGCCGCGAAUAUUUUUUUUGGUUCGCGGAUGGCUAUGUGAGGUUUUGAAAGCCAAAACCUCGCAUAGCCCCCUCAAAAUUUGGGCGGCGCGGCAGCGCCGUGAAGAAAGUUUUUUGGUUCGCGGAGGGCUAUGUAAGGUUUUGGAAACCAAAACCUUGGAUACCCCCCUCAAAAUUUGGGCGGCGCGGCAGCGCCACGAAGAAGUUUUCUUGUUUUGGUUCGCGGAGGGCUAUGUCAGGUUCCGAAAACCAAAACCCCUUUUAGGGCUCAGGGGGUCGCAUCGGGUAAGUCGCGCCAACGUGCGGGCGCAGGGGCUGCAGCGCUGCAUUUGGUUUCUACCGUGACCGUCAGUGGUGUGGGCCAGAAUGUGAAAAGUCAUUUGACCUAUGACCCUUAUGCAAGGGCCGCUAAUUACGUCAUACAGAGUACGCUGACUGGGACGAAUCGGAGAUGCGCCGGUGGAGGACUCGGACACGGAGGGAUAUCCAAAGCAAAAGUAUCGUUACUAAGUACAAACUGCAUCAGAAAUUUCAUUCCCAACCAGAGCAAAAACGCAACUCGUCAUGCUAGUUCAGGUAGAAGUAGCUUUUAGCUUAGGACUGUCAUGCGUAAGUGCAAUUACUACGACUACGAUCGAUGCUUUUGCAAUGCAUAAUUGAACGCAGGGAACGAAAGGCCUUGAGGGAACAGACGGAAAGUGAGGAAGUAUGGGGCACAAAGAACAAGAAAUCGAAGCCGCUGAAGAACAACGCCGCGCAGCGGAAUAAUAAAAAAGGAGCGCGGAAUAACAUUCCCCCGGGCGCGCAGACAUGCAUUGCAAAAGUAUCGUACUCGUACAGCAGUCAUGCAUUACAAAUCUUUUUCUUUAGGUAGAUUCGCACUAUAAAUUUUAUUUCUCAUGCUGAGGAAAUUUGUAAUGCAUUCAUACGAGUGCGAGACUUUUGCAGUUCAUAGCAGAAUUACAGUGACAAUGAGGAAUUUGCGGAGGAGCAGGUGAAGCGCGAGAGGAGGGAGAAAAGGUUUGGCGCGCCGGGUGCUGCUGUUGUGGAUAUAACAGCGAAAUAUGUUGGACGAAACACCAAUCGUCCUCCCGCCGCGUCGUCCUCUUCCGGGAGUCGGGGUGAGAACCAGAAUUACAGUCGGGAAGAUGAGAUGAAUCCACAGCAGUCAAUCCCGUCACACGAUGAGAAUGACGAGGACGAAGGGUUUAUUUCAAACUUCGAUGACCACCUGCCUCCAAGCGAUCUACCGCUUGCCUACUAGAAGGAACAAGUAUUCGCUCGUAUGAAUAAGAAUCAGAAUGUACAUACUAGUACAACUAGCGAUUUGAAGAUGUGAAAAACUUCCUAGCGACACGGCCUUACAACUUCAUCAGGAACCGAACGACAAGCACGUGCUCGAACAUGUGUUGGAAUUUGAUUUGCAACAACCAAACAAAAAGGGCGCCCGCAUCUGUAAAACGCGUAUUUGGUAGUUUUGAAAAAAU